AUGAACUUGGCCCGCAACUAUGGCCUCCCCGAAGUGCACAAGGAGGGUGGACCUCUCCGAUCCAUCGUAUCACUGAAAGGCACUCCAACGUACGGACAAGCAAAUUGGCUGUUUCGGCGUCUCAAAUUUAUGACCGCUGAAUUGGAGACCACGGUCCGCUUAUCAAUACCAUUCUUAGAAAAUAUUAACGGGUUAAGUCUCCCGGCAAGUGAUGUCAUUAUUUUCUUCGGUGUCACGUUCCUAUUUACUUCUAUCCCUCAGGAUCUGGCAGCAGCAUCCAUCGACCAACUCCUACGAAAUAAAUACGAUAAGACAGAGAAUCACCUUGGACAUGCUCAAAUCCUACAGCUCCUUAAGUUCUGUCUGAGCACGUACUUCACAUUUAACGGAACAAUCUAUGAGGGGACGCAAAUGGGUUCACCGAUCUCGGGACUCGUAGGCGAGGCAGUACCACAAUGGCUGGAGUCGCUGGUCUUCCAACAUCACAGACCGAAAUUCUGGGCGGGUUAUUUGAAUGACACCUUCGUCGUCAAUAGUGGAGAAUAUGCAAGUUCCAGGAAGUAG